AGCAUCUCAUACCGGGUUAAGUUAUCAUACAAUCGGAACUACUAAAAACUAGCGACUACCUCCGUAACAUUCAAAUUGUGGGCCUAGUUGCUAGUUAAACUUGAUUUGCCCAACCACGAAGCUGAAGCUUGGCAACCCAUAAGUACCAACUAGAGCAGCUGAAGCUGAGCUCAGCAAUGUCUACGAUGCUAGAAACUGGACUUCAUCGACCAAAUAUGGAAUCUCAGAGUGAAGGGAAGUCUAUAUCCGCCGAUACGAAGGCACUUCACCUUGGCGACAUGUCCAGUAUAAGAAGGCUGUCGCCGGCCUGGUCGAUCUACAUUUUCCACCUCAUCAUCACAACCGCCUUCAAGCCAAUCUUCGAGCAUCAAGCUUCCUUUGCUCUUUUUCUUUUCGGUUUAUAAAUCUUUCGCCAUUUCAAAUUCCGCGCUUCAAAAUGAAGUUUUCUUCUAUCUUCGGUGCCUCCGCCUUCAUCGGGUCUGCCCUCGCAACCACCAAAAUUCCCGGAAAUUGGUUCCAUGACGACGAUGGAUUCGGAAAGGGUCACAAGGCCGCCAUGGCCGCUGUCCCUAUGUUCCACUUCGGUCGCCCUCACGGCUACAAGCCGUGUUAUCCGGAGUCGGCGCAGAUCAACGGCCAACAAGCCAACGGCAAUGACCCGGAUAACGGUGUCUGGGGAAACCUAAACAAGGGCUGUGCCGAUCCCGGCGCAUGGCUAAGCCCCAAGAAGGGAGGUCCGCUCCAGGGAAACCCCUUCCCGGUAUACUACACCAUCAACCAGUGCAAGGACCACGAGUUCCGCGUGACCUACAGCAUCUACUUCAAACACGACUCCGGACACAAGAGCGACUGGGAAGGCGUGACUGUGGUCUGGAAGGGCGACAGCAACAACAAUUGGGAGAGGACCCAUCUCAUGUUUGGCCAGCACGGUGGAUAUGAUGUGAAGGAGUGGAAGGACAUCCAGAACACGUUCAACGGCAAAUCCGACCAAUCCAGCAACGGCGCCCAAAACAAGGAUUAUGCGAAGGUUUUCGUUGGCGCAUUCUACCACGCCAUCUUCAACACCCGCAAGACCUCGAUCGACACCGCCGACCCUGCUGACAAGCAAGCCGAGUUCCGAUCCAACGAUUGGUUCGUCUGGCCUUGGGACAGCCUCGUCCAGCCUGGCUCCCUUAUCAACCCCAACUGGGUCUGGGGACAGGCGGACACCAACCCUCCUACUCUUAGUAACCCCAGCAAGGGCGCCUAUAUCUGCAAUCACAACAAGGAUCUAUAAUCGAGCGACGAACUUUAUGAGCCCCGCUGAUUCCGAGCCCGGAGAUCUGACUUACUCGAAUGAACUGACGCUGAGGAAUGAUUACCGACAGUCGGGAUGUGCAAUUCUCUUAUUUCUUUUUCUUUUGUGAAAAUAUUUUCUUCGUAUAUAGACUUUAGAUGAUCUUGUACACAUAAAAUUUAUUUCAUCAACUCAUUUU